AUGCGCGGUAACUUGUACAGCCGGGGCUUUGACCCCAUGAAGUCGCGCUCCGAGCGGCGCAAGGAGAAGCAAGCGAAGCUAAGCAAAACAAAGCGUGUUAUUCGGCUCAAGAGGCGACUGGGCCGCAUCGCGGCGCGCAAGUUCGCUGGUCAGGAGGACAGCCACAUGACAGCGCUGAUGGAAUCGUACAUACUCCGCCGCAAGGCGGAGCGGGCGGCGGAAAAGGCGAAGGAGGCACCGAAGGAUGCUGCUGGGGCUCCCGGCGAAGACGGCCUGGCGGGAGAGGGUAGUGGCGCGGAGGAGAGCGAGAUGGAUGAGGACGAGGGUAGCGACUGCUCGCUUGACAGCCGGGCGGACAGCGCGUUCGAAGUGGAUGACGCUAACGAUGGGGAGGAGGAGCAAGAGGAUAUCGCCAGCUCCCGGCGUCGUGCUGUGCAACGGAGGCAAGCGGGCUAUGCUCGUGGUUGCGGUGGCGCAUGUCGUGGUACUGCACCACGCAGAGGUGGUGCGUCUUGGGCAGCGAACACGGAUACCACUCCACCUGGCGGCAAGCACGGACGUGGUGGCGGUGCUGGUCGUGGCGGACAGGGUAUUCGCGGUGGCCACUCAGCUCAGCGUAGCGGUCGCGGCAGCGCCCGUGGCGGUGGAAGCUCGCACAAUCGUCAGAAUACCAGUAGAAACGCGAGCUUUCAUCAGCGGUUUCGCAAGGUGCCCACUCGCUCUCUCUAUUGA